UUCUAUAUUAUUGGAAAAUUUUACAAGUCUAAUUGCUACUUACAUGAAUAUUUUUGUUUUAUAAAUGAAUUCCAAGUUCUGGUAAUUAACUAUUACUUUUAAUAAGAAUUUUUAAAUAUUUUUGAAUGAUUUGUUUUGUCGGUAAGAAUUUUAUAAUGUUGGCUACUGUGUCGUUAAUUAUAGAACCAAAUGUUUAUAAUUUCUCUAUAUUUCUUGUAGUUUUAUAUCAUUCCUUCAAUAAUAAAUGUUGUCGUUUAGUAUUCAUGAAUCUGCAUUUAAUGUGAAAAUUGUGAUAAAUAAAAAUGUGAUUUAUACGCAUUGUGAGACGUGUUGAUUGACAAAAGUCCGAUUUAGGAAAAUUUAUAGGUUAUGUUUACUUUUGGAAUCUGAAAAGUAAAAAAAAGGCGCCAGAUUUUGAAUUUUUUUUUAAUUUCUUAAUUAAAUGAAUUAAUUCAGUGUGACUGUUCAAAAUUUUAUAAUCAUUUUGAAAAAAAUGAGUCAAAAAAAGAAUUUGGUUCUUAAGAAACUAAAUAGUGCAAAUCAGGCAGAAAUUUUGCGUUCUUCUCAAAGAGACAAUGAUUUUGUGUGGACAUUGAGUGAAAAAUUGUCAAAUGUUUUGGCUAAAUUCAAAAAAUACAGAUCUUUAUUACAAUUUAUGCAAUCAGAUGUUCCAGCAAGAUUUAUUUAUUUUGUUCUUACAUCGGGAAUGGGGAAUCAGACACUAGGUGAAGAAUAUACUGGAAUUGUUCAAGUUGAUUUGGAUGCUUGUAAAGUUCCACCUUUGAGUGCACGAGUAUUGGCAGCAAUUUUAGAAUGUUUCGGAGAGCAGGCAUUUCUAAAACUUCUUGAAAGAUUACAAAAAUCUAUAAAUAAUCCCCACAAUGAAUUGACUCCUGCAGCUGUGAAAUUUUUAAAUAUUUUUCUUACAAAACUGAGGGCCAUUGUGCCAUUAUUAAUUCUCGCUCAUCGUGGAUUAUUUUAUUUGUUUGGUAGAUAUUAUAGUAUUGGAAAAAGAUUAAUAGGAGUUGAUUAUGCCAAGGUUUAUGGUCGUCGACCUACCAAUGGAAUAAGUUGGGGUUUAAAAUUAUUAGGAAUUGCAACAAUUGUUCAAUUUAUGUUGCGAUUAUUUCAAAAGGACAAUCGACUGGAGGAUGAUACGGAAAUGAAAAAUGUCGCACUCAGCACAAGUGUUCGUUGUCAAUUGUGUUUAGAGAAAAUUUCAAAUACCACAACACCUUGUGGACAUUUAUUUUGUUGGUUCUGUCUCGCUGAAUGGUUACGCACGAAACCUCGAUGUCCUCUCUGCAGAGAACAUGUUUCACCUUCCAGAAUCGUUUUUCUGAUGAAUUUAUAAUAAUUACAAAUUUUAAGAAAUUUUUCCUUUUUUCUAAACAAGGAAAUUUUACAAAUUGUACAUUUAUUUUAUAAUUUUAGUUUUGUAAAUUAUAUUGUUUUAAAGAAGAGAUAAAUUUUUUUUCUACGUUUUGUUAACAUAAUGUAAAGAUAUUUUUUUCAGUAAGAAAUUUUCUUUUUAGUCAUAAGACUUUGUAAAACACGUAAAAAUGAAUUUUGAAAAAAAUAAACUAUUUAUAUUAUAAAAA